GGCGAAAAAUACGCGGAGUUCUAUCGGUGCGCGGUGCGGUGGGGAGAAAUAAACGAGAAUGGCCAGUUAGUCCGACUUAAGCACUAGUGUAUACAAGAUCAGACCAGCGGAUACUUGGUGUAUACAAAUCCUCACGUGGAUCCGCUAUCAGUUCUUUUUUGGCAAUAGAUGAAUUCAAACAAAUACGUAUUAUUCGAGUUAACUUCCCAACAGAAAUCAUGUUUAUAGGUAUCUCGUGAAAAUAAGUCAAUCACUUUGAAGCAUCAGUUUAAAAACAGAUUUUUAAUUAAGCGGAGGAUGGGAGCCCUAACGGUGAAGAGGAUCCUUUAUGUUGCCGCCUUCGGGGCUUUCUUCGUCAUCCUAGGCGGCUAUUUCGGAUGGUACGGAUUCGAGUACAUAACUAUGAGAAAAAUUCACAAAGAUCUUUCUCUAGAUAAUGACACAAAAGGAUUCACUAAUUGGAAAAACCUUCCAGUUCUAAUCAAAUUUUCUAUGUACCUUUUCAAUGUAACCAAUCCAGAAGAAAUUCAACUAGGAGGAAAACCUAUUCUCCAGGAAACUGGCCCUUAUGUUUUUGAAAUUCAAAAAUCUAGAACCAACAUUUCUUGGUGGCCUGAUGGAACAAUUCAGUAUUAUGAUAAAAGUAUAUACAGAUAUGCUCAAGACACUGACGUCCAAAAUUCUCUCGACGAAGAAAUUACACUUUUGAAUGUAGGACUUCUGGGUGCAGCAAUACUAGUUGAGAGAAUAUUUCCAUUUGGGCUCAGCCUUGUUAAUGAGGCAAUUCCGCUUUUGUUUCCAAAUUCAACAGACAUGUUCAUUCGUGCUACAGUGAGAGAAAUACUGUUUGAUGGGGUGAUGAUACAGUGCAAUUACACAUCAGGUUCAGCCAUGCCGAUAUGCAACGGUUUAAAAGCUAAAGCCCCACCAACGAUAAUAAGAGAUGAAGUUACUAAACAUUAUUCCUUUGCGAUGUUGCGACAUAAAAACAACACGCUUUCAGGUCCUUAUAGAGUUAAUACUGGAUCAAAAAAUGUAAGUGAAUUGGGAAAAAUCGUUGAGGUGAAAAAUAAAAUGUACAUUCCAUUUUGGGAUAAAAACACAACUUGCAGUGAAAUUAAAGGAACAGAUUCAACUAUAUUUCCUCCUCUUACAGAACCAAAAAAUGACAUUUACAUAUACGUACCAGACGUGUGUAUAUCAAUGUCAGCAAGUUUUGUUAAUAAGUCUUACUUAGACAGCAAAAUAACAGCGUAUCAUUAUGAAAGUUCGAAAAACAAUUUCGCCAGUGUUGAAGAGUGGCCAGAGAACAAGUGUAAAUGCUCAAAACUAGAGGACAGCCACAAAGAACCAUUUUGCUACAAGAGGGGUGCUUUUGAAGCUUUUGACUGUCAAGGUUCUCCUAUCGUAUUCAGUCCACCACACUUCCUUGACGCAGAUCCAUCUUAUUUGAAUUAUGUUGAAGGCCUUAAACCAGACAGAGAAAAACAUUUGACGUAUGUUUCCAUUGAACCGUUGACUGGUGUCCCGAUAAGUGGGCGCAAAAGAAUUCAAAUGAACAUGUUUCUCAAGAAGAUCAAAGGAAUCACACUGCUAACAAAUGUAACAGAGGGUUUAUUUCCUAUUGGCUGGGCUGAAGAGGGCGCUGAUUUGCAUUCUGGAGGCAUAACCGAAUUGGCUAAACUGUAUUAUCUUCUUGAAACGUUCAAAGUUAUUCGGUGGAUCCUCAUCAUUCUUGGUGUCAUUUUAAUGGUUAUAGCUUUAUUGUUAUAUUUAAAAAUGAAGCAUCUGCUGUGUUUUCACAACAAUCAGGUCACAGCGGAAUUUGAGUAUGGUGUAAAUCAAUGGAGGGCAAAAGAAGGCGAGCCUCAAAAACUAUCAACGUUCAACACAGAUAAGGUUUCUGGAGUUGAAGAUGCACCACAAACCAUAUCGACCAUUUAUCCUCCCCUUGGAAAUAAAGGCGAUGUUCCAACAUCAAUUACUAGCACAACUGUGCCUAGAUGAUUUUAAAAGUAGAAGAUACGUGUUGACUCUAUUUUAACUUAUUAUCCAAGCAGACAUGCUUUCAAAGCUGAUAUUGUAUUGUAUUAUAAUCUAUUUGUACAUAACAAAAACUUGUAAAAUAGAUCAAAUUUUAUCAAUAAAUAUUUGAACUCCCUAUUCAUUCAUAUUUCCCUGGUGGUAUGUAAACAAAAAUUAUAACUAAAAUGAAAAUGUUUAAUUUUUCUUUAUAUUAUUUUUAACCCAAUGUCUAAGAUUUAACACUACGAUCUUAUGCCAAAAAGUUGUAAAAAAUCUCUUCCUGAUGGGGCUACAUACAGUAUUCCAGAGUAAUGAAAAUAUUUUGAAAUAUUUAUAUUUUUGUAUAUAAAAUAUAUUUGUAAAAUAGAAUGAUUUUAAUAACAA